GGGCGGGGAGAGGCCGAGCCCAGCGCAGCGCAGCGCAGCGCAGCGCAGGCGGGAGGAGGCGGCGGAGAGCGGCGGCAGAGAGCGGCGGCGGAGAGCUGUUGUCCGUGCUCUGAGCUCGGUGUGAGCCGCCGGCGGGCCAGGGCGGCCGCGCUCCGGGCUCCGUCCGCACCCGGCGAGAGGCAGCGAGGGAGGCAGCGAGGGAGGCCGCUUGCCGGGCGGCCGGAGGCUGUCCGCCGCCCCGCCAUGGCGGCUGCAAGGCAAGUGCUGUGUCUGUGGGCUUUGCUGGGCGUGCCGCGCGUUCGCUGCGAGCCCAUCCGCUACUCCGUGGCCGAGGAGGGCGAGAGCGGCUCGGUGGUGGCCGACGUGGCGGAGGACGCGGGGCUGGCCCCGGCGCAGCUCUCGGCUCGCCGGGCGCGCAUCGCCUCGCCGGCCGGCCGGCAGCACUUUCGCUUGGAGCGCGGCAGCGGCCGCCUCGUUGUCGCCGAGCGGCUCGAUCGGGAGGAGAUGUGCGGACGCUCCCGCACCUGCACGCUCGCCUUCGAGCUGCUGCUCGCCGACCCGCUGCAGUUCUUUCCGAUCGAGGUGUCCGUGGAGGACAUCAAUGACCACUCGCCGGUCUUCCCGGACGAACGACUGGUUAAGAUCCUGGAAACCAGCGACCCGGGCUCACGUUUCCCUGUGGAGGGAGCUCAGGAUUUUGAUGUUGGCAGCAAUGACAUUCAGGCGUACAGCAUCAUUCCCGAGAACAAAUUCUUCAGUGUCUCAUAUCAGAAAAAAAAUGAGGGUGACAUACAGGUCCAACUGGUUUUGCAACAGCCUCUGGACAGAGAGGAACAGUCAGAGCUGGAUUUCACUCUCGUUGCCACCGAUGGGGGCUCUCCGCCCAGGAGCGGGACCACCCAAAUCCACAUCAUAGUUAUGGAUGUAAAUGACAAUGCUCCCAUUUUCACACAUGACAUAUACACUGGACACAUUGUGGAAAGUGCCCCUGAGGGCUCAUUAGUUCUCCGUGUGAUGGCCACGGAUGCAGAUGUGGGAACUAAUGGUGACAUUUCCUAUCAGUUCAGCCAAGUGGUGAGUCAGAGCCAAUCAGCAUUUACAAUCAACACCACGAAUGGAGAAAUUCGAGUAAAAACACCUCUGGAUUUUGAGACAACACAUAAAUAUGAGCUCGGUGUGCGUGCAACGGAUGGUGGUGGUCUCUCGGCACUAUGUAAAGUUUUGGUGGAGGUGAUGGAUGUCAAUGACAAUGCACCAGAGAUCGUGGUCAGUUCCUUCAGUAGCCCAAUCCCGGAGAAUGUAGAACCUGGAACAGUGGUCGCACUGUUGGCUGUCAGGGAUCAGGAUUCCGGUGUGAAUGGGGAGAUUACAUGUGCCCUUGAAGAACAGCUCUCCUUCGCCCUCAGGCCAGCCUUUAAGAACUACUACGAGCUGGUGACCGUGAGCAGAUUGGACCGGGAGGAGAGAGCACAGCACAUGGUGGUCGUCACGGCAGCAGAUGCAGGCUCUCCUCCUCUCACCAGCACCCACACCUUCAGCGUGGACAUCUCCGAUGUCAACGACAACGCACCCGUCUUCAACCAGACGUCGUACACCAUGUACGUGCAUGAGAACAAUGCACCUGCACUGCUCGUCGGGGCCGUGAAGGCAACGGAUGCGGACGCGGGGCCCAACGCCAAGGUGAGCUAUUCCGUGGUGCCAGCCCGUGGCCCGGAAGAAGAGCCCUGCUCGUGUGUGUCCGUGAACUCGGAGAGCGGAGGCGUGUUUGUGCUGCGGCCGCUGGACUACGAGCAGCUGAGGCAGCUGGAGGUGGUGGUGAGCGCUGCAGACGCGGGGUCCCCUCCCCUCAGCAGCAGCGUCAGCGUCCGCCUGCUGGUGGUGGACGAGAACGACAACGCGCCGCUGGUGCUGCACCCCAGCGCGCAGGACAGCAGCCCUCCUUCCAGCGAGCUGGUGCCCGCCGGUGGCCGUGGACGCCGACUCGGGUCAGAACUCGUGGCUUUCCUACCAGCUGCUGAGGGCCACGGAGCCGGGGCUGUUUGCUGUGGGUGCCCAAAGCGGGGAGGUGCGGCUGAGGAGGCCGCCGACCGAGAGGGACGCUGCGAAGCAGAAGCUCGUCGUGCUGGUGCGGGACAACGGGCGGCCGCCGCUGUCGGCCACGGCAGCGCUCAGCGUGCUCCUCGUCCCCGGCUCCUGGGACGCUCAGCUGCCGCAGCAGAGCCCUGCUGCAGGCGAGGACGACGGCUCCCUCACCACCUCUUUGAUCAUCGCCUUGGUCUUUGUGUCGCUCCUCUUCUUGCUGUCGGCGGCCGCCUUUGUCGCCUGCAAGGUGUGCAAGAGGAAGGAGCUGAGUAGCGGGCCCGUGCUUUACGGCGCCAGCAGCGUGCAGAGCUACGUGGCUGACGGGGCCGCUGCCGGGACCCUGCCCCACGCCUAUUGCUACGAGGUCAGCCUCACCACGGGCUCGGGCAACAGCGAGUUCAAGUUCCUGAAGCCCGUCC